AUGCUCAAGCCAAGGCCGGCCCAUGUGCAUCACAGCCGCCAAUCGGGCCGACUAGAACGGCCGGUACAACCGGCAGAGGGGUAUGAUCGGGCACUGACGAAGGUGGAGGGAGGAGGUGACGAGAUGAGAGAGAUGAGAGGCUAUGAGGAAGUCAGGUCGAUGAAAGGAAAGGGGGCAGAUUCUACGAGUAGGUGGGCACAGAGUACAGACAAAAGGCUAAAUAGGCCCAAAAUCGUCUCACACCAAACUCCUUCCAUCACAGAGCAGCCCGCGCUAAGGGACAAAUGUCUGGUGCGCCUGGACAGUUGCCCGUCAGAGUAA